AUGUCAACGAGGAACAAACGUGGUAAUCCUUCUUCUUCCUCUGCAUCAUCCUCAUCCAAUCAACCUUCUUCAACUAAACGGGUCACCCGUUCAUCAGCCAAAGCACAACAACAAGAUUAUUCGUCCUCCUCUUCGUCUUCGAAGAAGGACAACCAAGGAAAUACUUCCUCUUUUUCCUCCGAUCAUCCAAAAGAGAAGAAGAUCAAGAUGAGCGUUCACCAACCAAUCGUCAUUGAUGACUCGGAUGAAGAACUGGAAAAUACAUUCUUUUCCGGUGCUGAAGGGGAAGAUUUAGAGAUUGAUGAUGAUAUUCAAGCUGCCAUCGAUGCUUCUCUGAAAGAUCAGUCGGUGACUAGAGCGAAGCAAAAGGGUCUACCGUCCCCUGCCCCUACUGAGGAAGUGUCUUUUGGAAGGGCGGGAUGGAAGCGGGAUUAUGGGUUGUGCAAGGCGAAAUGGGGAGUACAAGGAGAAGUGGAGGGGUAUGCGGGGAUGCAUGGGAUGAUCAAAGACUUCAGAAGUGGUGAAUCAGAUGAUUCAGUAUCGUAUAAAUUAGAAUACGAAGAUAUAGACGGACGAGGAUUCAAGCUCAAUUUGAACUUAGCCUUUCAAGAUCUCAAAUCCUAUCCUGCAUCGUACAAACUCGUCCUAUUCUCGCCUGACUCUCUUCCGAAAAGAGCCGAAACCUCCUUUUCCCGCUUCUCCGAAAUAUACGAUCUCGAGAUACCUCUCCUGCUAGAGAAGCUUCUAGCCUCCCUCCAGGGCGAUGACGAGGCGACUGGAGGGAUCCCUGGAGACUUUGACGAAGGGGAGCUGGAGGAGGAUGAGGUGAUGAUAGACGGGGCGGAUCCCUGGGCCGAAGACCCCGGAAGAGGGUUCGAAACUGCCGAAGGGUCUGAUGGGGACCUUGGACCUGGAUUGGUGCAGCUGAAAGAUCAUUUCGAGCAAGCACAGAAGUGGGGUUAUCGACCAGGACUAACCAGAGUGUCGGAUUUCUGGGUUGUGUCAUACUCAAUACCCCUCAAGAACCUUCCUAUCGAUCCGAACGUUCUCAGCAUGUGGGAUGAUGGCUUAGUGGACGCUUGGAAGAAAGAUCAAAGGUUGAUAUUGAUGAUGGGAACUGAUACAUAUCCUCCGCAUUUGGAUAAGAUGAAAUAUUGGUUAGGGUUUCAUCCGAAUUAUAAACCACCUCUCGAUGUGUUGGUUUCUACUACGAGAGGACACGGCAUGCCAGGAUUCUACCUCUCUGCACCGAUUUUGAACUACCUCAAGUCGUUCGGAAGAUGCUACAAACUUCGAACAGCUUUCGGCUUGAAUUGGUCUACAGCAGAUAGGAUAGGUAUGGACGAAGAAGCAUCUCGUCAAGUGUUUCAGUACAAUCAAAUUCCCAAAAAUGCAGGUAAAGAAGAUGAGGAUGAUCCUGUUGUUAAAGGAUUCGAGAGAAAUAUCCCCUUAGUCAUGUUCAAUUGGGUAUUACGAAGGUUUAUGGAGGCUCCCAAAUACUGCUUGAACUGCGGUCUCGAAGUCAAGCUUCCAUCUCUCCGACCCUAUGUUUGCGAUAAACCUCUCUGCAUCUACGGUUUCAUGAGCUUAGGUUUAGGUCCCUCUGUCGAAUAUACCAUUAUGACCCACCCAGCAGUCGUCGAUGUGCUUUUAUCAUUCGCACAUUGUGCAGCUGCUUCCGGGGCACAAACGAGGAUGGAACUACCUUUACAUCUACAUAUCGAAGUUCCACCUGAGUUCGGUAUCGCCCAUUCUCAACUCCUAGAUGAGCUACCUGAUCUCGAUCAGCGUCGAGCUUUAGCUUGGCUCAUCCAGCAACUACCAAAAGUAUCCGAGAUCAAGGCUCACCUCGAACGUGGUGGAAAGCUGAAAUCGAUCGAUGCGCCCUCAGGAUCGAUAGGAGUCUUGAGAUGGGUUGUAGGGUCGUGUAGAGCCUAUCUGAAGGAGACAAAACCCGGUGAAGGAGUACAAGAUAUCAGCUCGGCCUCAACGACCACUCCGACGCAAGUCACCUACGGAAGCUUGGGGGGAGAUUUGAAACAGUUCACAUUCGUUGUCGGAUCGCCAGAGCAAGAGAGUAAUUUCAAGAAUGAGAUCGAGUUGGCGAAGAAGGAGAAUAAGAAUUGUAAGACCUACCCUACGCUCCUAGCGUUUCAUGGUUCCGCAGCUGAAAGAUGGCAUAAUAUCCUACGAACUGGAUUGGAUUUCUCGGAGACUAUCAAUGGAAGGGCAUACGGGAACGGUGUCUAUUUCGCUUCCAAUUCGGGAACCUCUAUGGGAGGGUAUGCAAGAGCAACGGUUCACGUUAGGGAGAAUGCAGAUUUUAAAUUGUCGAAAGCUACCGCACUGGUCGAGCUAGUCAACGUACCUCACACCUUUGUCUCCUCUCAUCCAUUCUACGUUGUCAACAACGUGAAACAAAUCAAACCUUUUCUUCUCCUCGUCCAAGGGAACGAAACAACGGAGACAUCUGAAGAGGCGGAGGAGGAACGGGUCAAGAAUGCCAAAUCUGCCAAAGGAGCAUUGUUUGUUCAUGAUCCCAUGCUCAGAACCAAACCGACCCUGAACACUAAUCAGCCUUUGGCAGUUAUGAUGCCCGAAAAGCUUACCCGAACGACAUACAUCGAUGAAGAACCAAAUGACAAAACCGAUCAUGAUAUCUUCCAUCCAUCCCCAACUCCUCCCAAGCCCCAAAAUACCUUCAAACCUUCCCCACAAAGUCGAUAUGACAGAAUGGAAAGCUUGCCUCCACCUACUGAGACCAGUGUGGUAGCAAGUAAGGCUCUUGGCAAAGAGUUGAAAGCCGUAGUGAAGGCUCAAGAGGAAGGUGGAUUGCCGUUCUGGGUCAAUCCGGAUGUUGAGAGUCUCUAUUGCUGGACCCUCGAGCUCCACACUUUCCCACCCGACUCACAUCUAUACAAAGACAUGAAGAAGCAUAACAUCCCUUCGAUCAUCGCCGAACUUCGAUUCCCCGCUUCCUUUCCCCACUCACCACCGUUCAUGCGAAUCGUCCAUCCUAGGAUGAUGCCCUUCAUGCAUGGUGGAGGAGGAAAUAUAACGGGAGGCGGAAGUGUGUGUAAUGAGUUGAUGACGGGGACAGGGUGGAAUCCUGCUUUUUGUACGGAAGCUGUUGUUAGGGAGGUGAUGACGAAUAUGACGGAAGCUACACCGCCCGCUCGACUCGAUCCACGUAAUUGGAAUUCCCCCUAUACGAUGAGAGAGGCUAUAGAAGCUUAUAAGAGAGUUGCCAAACAACAUAACUGGGAGAUCCCGAAAGAUUUCGAUAGAUUGACGGUGUGA